CACAAAGUCACGCUGCCCUCUUCUUGCGCAGCACCAGCUGGGAAGGCAGAGAAUGAUAGGUUGGACUCGUUUGACCCAGUGCUACAGCUCCCAAGGCUGCAAUCGUAUACGACACCACAGCGUCGAGGCAAAGCCGAACCGCCUUCCCCGUUUCCAUCAAUUUCCUUCCUUUUUCCAAGCCCUGUCGCCCUGUCUCCCAGAACAUCAAGAGAAAGCAGCCGCCGUUACCAUGAGCGCCGCCGUCAACCAGUUGGUGAAGUGCCUUACUUCUCUUGCAUUCGCCUCGGGAGAGGGGGCCGAUGAUUACUACAUCAUUCGAAGGAGCGGGCCGAAUCUCUGCCAGGCUUCGGUAACCGUCAACGGGGCGGAGGAUAUGGGAACGGCAGUUACCCUGGAUGCCAAAGAAACCAGUCCGGCGCUUUACCUGGUUGCGCCGGGUGCUUCAUCCGUUUUUGGGGAAGCCGAUGGGGAACAUGAGCGGCUAGUGUUUUACGUCGACAAGUCGGACCAUCUUCGCUGCACCGCUUGGGACGACGAGGAGGAGUUCUGGGACGAGCUCGAGAUGAACGGGCUCGAGGCACCCAUGACGGUCCAUUCGGAGUCUCAGCUGAGCGGGGCCACGGGCUCGCACGAUGAACUAUGGGUGGUUUACCAGAACCCGAAACUGGAAACGGUGGCGCUGGCGAGACGCGAGGGCCGUUGGAGCACCGUGGGGGUGGUCUCGGCUGAUGUGCCCCCGGGAGCAGCCCACGUAGCCCUCGCCGACCCGAAGAGCGUGGACAGGCUGAACUUGUUCUUCGCCACAGAGAAAGGGGAGAUCUGCCAUACCUAUAGUGACUUUGUCAAAAGGGAGUGGACCAGAGACAUUGUGAAGAACUCUCUAUUCUCCGGCGGAAUCUCGCGCUUCACCGUCGUCCCCACAGGGCCCGAUGGAUCCUACAACAUCUACGUCGCCACCCGUGACCAUAAGCUCUUCCUGCUUUCGUCGGGCGGCGAUCGGGUUGAGAUAGGGAGAAUCGACGGCGACCGCUUUGUGGGCGAGAGUAGGGCGGAGCGGGGCUGGAGCUUCGAGAUCAACUGGAGGUUCCUCUCAUUUCGCCUAGUUCUGGGAGCAGAUCCUGGCUCCGAUCCUGGCUACCUGGCUUAACCAGAGUCACCCAGGCGAGACUCUUGGGCUGGGCUCGAUCUCAUUCUUAAUAUACACUCUAUAUAGUUGGCUUACGUCUCAGACAUAACUAGCUCAGAUACGAC